AUGGAGUUUUUUCAGGUUGGGAUUAUUGGAGGAACUGGUCUCGAAGACACGAAAAUAUUUACAGAUAUUCGGAAGCAUAAAGUAGACACACCGUUUGGUUCACCGUCAGAUACUUUAAUUGAAGGGAAAGUUGGUGGUGUUACUUGUAUUCUACUGUCACGUCAUGGUCAAGACCAUAGUAUAUCCCCUUCAAACAUCAAUUUUCGAGCUAAUUUAUGGGCUCUUAUGCAGCAGGGAGCAAAAGUAAUAUUGUCUACUGCGACAUCUGGGAGUUUGAAAGAAGAGAUUUCCCCGGGUUCGUUCGUAGUCUUGGAUUCAGUGAUUGAUAGAACGUUCAAACGGGAGGGGACUUUCCAUGAUGGUAAAGAUGGACAUCCGGAAGGUGUAUGUCAUAUUCCCAUGCAUCCAGCUUACAGUGAGAAAUUGAGGCAGGUUUUGGUAUCAUCUGCUGAAGAACUUAAAUAUAAGUUUUUCAAUUUCGGUACUGUUGUCUGUAUCGAGGGACCAAGAUAUUCUUCUCGAGCUGAAAGCGAAAUAUUUCGAAGUUGGAAUGCAGAUGUAGUCAAUAUGACUGUCUGUCCUGAAGUUUAUCUGGCAAAAGAAUUGGGUAUUCCCUUUGCGACAACUGCUAUUGUAACGGAUUAUGAUUGUUGGAGAGAAGGUGAGAUGGUGUCAGUUGAUUUGGUUGCUAAGAGAAUGGAAGAAAAUUCUGAGAAAGCUAAAACUUUAUUUGUUUCUGCUAUUAAAAAGAUUGGAGCAUUACAAUGGGAUCGUGAAAUAAAAGAUGCCAAGGAAACAGCUCGAACGGCUAUAAUGGUGGAUGACCGUGUAGUGUUUGAUCAUCUGAAGUACUGA